AUGUGGCCACGAGAGUGGCACGAAGAACUCAACAGACAAGUUCCCCAGACGCAUUCCUGUGGUCUGCUGGCUGUCUUUAGUGACUUAGUCACGACUUCAGGGAGGCAGGGGCAGCUGAGCCUGGAGCUGGGGACGGGGCCCCGCGGGGCGUCUGCCACCAUGAGUGCGGAGCCCUCGGUGUCAGGGGCCAGAACUCCAGGAGACUCUCAGAGGACCCAGGCUUUUUAUUCCGAAAUGGCAGAGGGGAGGAAGGAAGAGCAGCAAGCAGCGUCUGCCGAUGCCUGGCGCAGCCUCCGGGAGCAGAGAUCCCGAGGGGGUGACUGUCGCCAGGAGGCCUGA